AUGGCUCGCAUUGCUACGCGUGUUGCUGGGCAGCAGGAUAUCCAUGCUUUGAAAGGGAGUCCACCGAGGAGACGGUGGACGAGGAGCCAGAGUCGGGAGCUUGAGGCCCAUCCGAUAGAAGAUAUCCCAGCUCUGAAGUCUUCUCUCAAGAGUAGCAAGCUGUGGAAGGGUAAAGGGAAAAUGAGCGGAAAUGACUUGAGCGUCGUGACAGAAGAAUCACCAGUUAAGGCAUCCCGGAAAACGGGAUUCCGUGCUGGCCAGGUCAUCCCUGAAUCGCCUGAGGAUGCGUACAACCACACUAUGUCGGGCUCCACCAUUAUCGUACCUGACGCAGAGACUGAUCAGGAGGAUGAUGAGGAUGAGGAUGAGGAUGAGGAUCCCCAGAAUGAUCUGGAGCCCGAGGUGAUGCUCGAAUCGCUUCCAGGCUUAGAGCGAUCUGCAAAGGAGGUUCUUGAAUUUCUGGUCCCUAGUUCCGCGGAUCUGAAAAGCAUCGUUAACAUGGCCAAGCGGCUCUCCGAUCCCAGGAACACUCAAAGCAAACGUCUGGCCGUUCAUAAGAAUGCCUUGAAGAACCAGCCGGGGUGGUUCGAGGGCAGGACGUAUAUCGACGUCACGCAAGCUAGCCAGUCCCUAUCGUCCUAUUUGACCAAGGAUGGGCACGAGCUGAACUGGAGCGCGGAACCUAUCCUCCAUCGCGCCAACUGUGCCCAUUUCGCACUUGAGGUGCUCCUGGCUAGUGGCAAUUCAACAGGCUUCAAAAAGGCGAUCAGGGACGUCGAAGGUCGGUUUCCAUUGCCUUUCAUGCGUGAUCUGGUCGACGGUCGACGGAAUACCGCCGGUGAAAGCGCGCUUGUGAAGGACACCUUCCAGCUCGCCUUAGAGAUCCGCACUCAGUCCUUGAUCAUGCAGUUAGAGUAUCAUCAGCAUGAACACAGCUUCGAUCCGAACUUCAUCCUGGAAGACGGAUUCUUCUUAGAUGUGCCUGUUCACGAACCGUUUGAUAGCCGCAAUGCUCCAAUGCGUGGAUUCAACUUGCCAAGGCUUAAUGUUGAUGGGUCUCUUCCUGACGAGUUCAGAGAGACAGCAUACGAUCGCUUCGAAGAUUUGCUCGUCAUUUUGCCAGAUGAAGAUGGCAGCUUUGAUAUCGACGAGCUGAAAACCACCUACCCCUGGCGGAGCUUUCUUCUGCAAGCAGCUCGAUGGAUUCGCAAGCGGUGUGAGGAAAUCGACCAAGACUUAAGCCGCCAGCAGAGUGCAGAAUCUGCACGCAAGCAAGUUUUCGCGGAAAUUGAUGCAAAGGAGCGUCGUAGUAGCAGCAUAGCAGGUCGCUCUAGCUUAGCUCCCCGACAUACAGAAGAAAGGAGUGAACGGGGCACGAUUGCUUCUCCGGACAACAGAAGAGUUUCAGCGAUCCCGCCCGAAACCCCUAAAGACACGCCGAGGGGGGUUGAAUCCAAGGAACGGAGAAAAUCUGGCAAACCGGCCUUUUUGAACAAAUCGUCUCUUGAACGCAUAGUGCAAAGAUCGAAACAUGCCCAUGUGUCCAUCAAGGAUCCCGAGGUGCGUAGACAAUCGGACGGUGCUGCGAGAUCAGCUCCAGGAAACAUCCGUAAGGAAACCGAAUCGCAGCUUCGGCGUCAGACCCUACCGGCGUCCCGGCUAUCGCCACCAGCACCAUUGGAAGAAGCAACCGAAGAACACGUCGAAGGGCCUGUUGAAGAACAUGUCGAGGAGCCUGCCGAAGAACACAUCGAAGAGCCUGCCGAAGAACACAUCGAAGAGCCUACCGAAGAACUCAUCGAAGAGCCUACCGAAGAACACAUCGAAGAGCCAACCGAAGAACACACUGAAGAGCCUACCGAAGAAAUCAUCGAAGAACCUACCGAGGAGCCUACCGAAGAGCAUGUCGAAGUAUCAGCUUUCCGUGAAUCUUCGCCGCUCCCUCAGCAUGACGAACAGGACUUCAACGUAGACAGCGAGUCGGAACUUUUUGUUGACGAACGCACGCAAUUAGAGAAGUCACAUAGUCCCAUCAUGAGGAGGUCACGCGAGCCUCGCUUCGCAACUCUCAGCCCGGUCAGGACCAGACUCUUCGCGACAGAGGUACGCCUCGAGCCAACCUCAAAGCAGACCCGCAAGGCCUUUCGUUCAAUGCCCUCCAGUCAAGAGCUGUGGAAAGCAACCAGGCCACGCCGCGAUACAACCCCUCCACGGACGAGCAACACCUCGCGCCCAUUGCCCUCCAUUCAAGAGCUGUGGAGAGCAGCCAACCGUGACGGGUCAUCACAACCUUCCAAAAAGCCCGAACAGGCGUCCCGGUUCAUUGACCGUCAAGCAAACGCGCACCGCAUUUCCCCAAUCAGCCAAGGGGCCGACCCACAAAGCGCCGAACGACGCCACGUCGGUCUGCAGUCCAAGAAACGAAGGCGCCAUGAUUCAGAGGAACAGUAUGAAGAGAGCGACGACGAUUUCAGCAACUACAACCGCCCCGUCGACACCGCCCGCAAGCGUGCAGAAAAGCCCGCACGGCCUCAGAACAAACGCCAGAGAAUCGGAGAACACGAUGAAUCUGCAGCCCAGCUGCUGAACGGUCUAGAAGAGACCACGCGCAGAACCUCUAUUCCUGAAUCUCCGGAGGCAGCGCGUAGGAGUACGAAUCCCAUUGCUGAAUCACCCGAGGCUGCGCCCAGGAGUACCAAGCCCGUCCCUGUGUCUUCUAGCGCGAGACACACAGUCAUAUCAACUAAGGCGCCAGUGCGAUGGACGCCGGCCGAAGACAAGCGACUGAUUCGGUUAAUCGAAGAGGUCGGUCUCGGAGGACCCAAGGGCAGCGGCUGGUGCAAGAUCGCCAGUCAAAACGAGGCGCAGCCAGUUCGGGAAGGUGAGAGUCGCAUCGAAGGGCGAAACCAAGUCCAGCUCAAGGACAGAGCGAGAAACAUCAAAACCAGAUACCUUAAAGACCGAAAACCUCUUCCCUCGAACUUCGACCACGUGACCAUGAAAGAGAAAGACCGGGCCAUGCUCGCGGCGAAAGGCAUCAACGUGGCUUGA